AUGGAGGUUUCGUCUUUCCAGGUGAUGACGCCACCUAUUGCCCCAAUAGUGGGAGCUUUGGGUGGAUGCAUGGGAUGCAUGGUAUUUGUCGAAAAGAUCGCCAGAAAAGAGCCGUCAUCGAUGAAUCUUAUGACGUUCUCCACAUUUCUGUUUAUCGCUUGCCAAGGAUUAAUAUUCACAUCCAAAUUUCUCACAGUUCGCAAUAAAAUUCCGCUCAGGGGUUAUACUAUAACGGUAAUCAUGUUCUUCAUAGUGAAUGUCGUCAAUAAUCAGGCACUCAAUUUUCAUGUUCCUGUACCACUACAUAUUAUUUUUCGAUCGGGUUCUCUUCUUGCCAACCUUCUUCUUUCUGUAGUUUUACUGAAGAAAAAUUACACGUUGAAAAAGUAUCUGUCAGUACUCGCCAUCACAAUGGGCAUCGUCAUCUGCACCCUCGCAACAAGUGAUUUGGAAAAGGAAUCAGGAUUGACCUUCGAAGAAGCGGCAAAGCACUAUCGAGAGUGGAGUAUCGGGAUUGCGAUGCUGAUCUUCGCAUUGCUGGCCUCUGCCUAUUUAGCCAUCUGUCAGCAACGAAUAUAUGAAAAUUAUGGAAAGCAUCCUGAGGAGGCAAUGUUUGUUAUAAGCCCUCCGCUUGAACUUGCCGGUGCCACGAUUCCUGUGCCAUCCUUAUGGGUGGAUCUGUUGCUGAGUUGUAUUUUACACACUGAAGUACGUAAUUCCGCAAUACUAAGUUGGUGCCAAAUCAUGACAUUCAGGUACUACUGUAUCAGAUUCGUUUAUCGACUAAACGCAGAGGUUGAAGCGCUCACGGUUACACUGGUGGUGACCUUAAGGAAAUUCCUGUCUCUAGUCGUCUCCAUCUGGUGGUUUCAAAAUCCAUUCACAUGUCAGUUUUAG